AUGUCGCGGCUCGCAGGACAGCUCAUAAUGCACCCCCAGAUCACCCAGGGUCUGGGGCUCGUAGCCACCACAAUCGGGCGGGACAAGGUCUUCCGGUUGAUCCAGUAUACUGCUCGCUUGCUGGCGUGGUCCAUGAUGCGUCGAGGGGAUAUCGACGGCGCAGCGAGAUUCGACGGGCUCAAGACGGGUCUCGCGAAUGUCCGAAAAGGCAAGCUGUUCCGACCUGCCGAGUUCUUGCAGUCGGCGGUGAAGCUUUCCGCACGGCCAGUUACCAGCCUCCAAGGCCCCGGCCAACUCGCACACGUCUCGCAGAUCGUCAAGCAGCUGCUCAUGGCGACGUACUACGGUACCGACAUGCUCAUCUGGUUGACACAGGUCGGAACCUUACGACUAGACAAAGAGCGCCUCGCUCGGAUCUCGCGCAUUUCCCAAAAAGCCUGGCUGUUCGGUAUCCUCUCCUCCCUCGUUUCGUCCGGCUCAUCACUCGUCAAGCUGCGUGGCGACUCGAGGCGGUACAUGCUCUCGCGAGAAGUGGCGCGGAGGGAGGCUGUUGCGGAUGGGGAGAAGCAGGGCGGUGAUCGCGUAUCCGAGGAGGAGGACCGACGGGAGAAGGGCAGGGCAUUGUUGCAACAACGCCAACAGAUCCUCUCGCAGCUCGUCAUGGACGCCUGCGAUGUCUGGAUUCCCGCUACGAAUGUUGGGUAUACGAACCUGAAUGACGGGGUUCUCGGUGCUCUUGGUACGAUCACCUCAUACAUGGCCCUUCAGACCUUGUGGAUCAAGCACGCCGCGGUAGCUCGCAAGUGA